AUGUACGCUGGCGGUAGCCGUACAGCGCUUCAAAAAUUGGAGGUGAUGCAAAACAAUUUUUUAAGGCUAGCACUUGGUGCUCUAAGGACUUCUCCUAUACCUUCUCUACAAGUUGAGGCAAAUAUAGCACCACUUCACAUUAGACGUAUAGAUCUCACUAUGAGAUAUUACACAAAAAUAAAACAGUUUCCAGAACAUGCAGCUUUUGCAGCAAUAGCUACACUUCCUCGACUUCACUUUAGUUAUUUGGGACCAGCUGAAAAGCGAACAGGACUUACAAUAGCUUCCAGAGUUAAAAAGUAUGAAGGUGAAUUGGAUUACAGCUUGCCAGCAAUUCCUCCUCUACCUCGUCUUGAUGUCGCGCCUUGGUUACUCCGACCUCUUGCUGUUUCUUUUCUUCUCACAGUCUCAAAAAGGUCUCUCUCGUCUGAAGAAGUACAGCAAACUUUCCUGAAAUACAAAACAGAACAUCCUACUUUUCGUUUCAUAUACACUGAUGGGUCAAAGGACCAGGACCUCACAGGGAUUGGCGUUUUUUCACAAGAUUUGAUUAGAGUUAAGAAACGAUUAAGCAACAAUACAUCAAUCUAUUCGGCAGAACUCCAUGCCAUUCUAACCGCCCUCAAUCUCAUCAAACAACAUCGUAUACAGCGAGCCUGUAUUUGUUCCGACUCGAAAUCUGCCAUCCAAAGUCUUCGGAGUCUCAACGUCACUCAGCAUACGCAUAUCAGCAUAGUUCAACUUCAUCAGCAUCUUUCGGAAGAGGGAAUAGAAAUACAAUUUCUAUGGGUGCCAGGACAUCAAGGAAUCAUCGGAAAUGAAAUGGCGGAUAGAUACGCCAAACAAGCGCUUCAACUUGCGCAUGUUUCACAAACACACUUCGAUGUAAAUGCCGUUCAUACUUCUGUCAAAUCUCGCUGCCAUCGACUCUGGCAACUCACUUGGGAUAGUAACGGACCUGGCUCUCACCUUUAUCAAAUUAAACCUCGUCUUGGAUACUGGGUAUCGUCCUCUCGAACUUCCAGAAAAGAAGAAAAGGCUUUAGCUAGACUCCGCAUCGGUCAUACGUAUCUCACUCAUUCAUUCAUAUACACGAAUAAUCCUCGACCAACCUGUUCACGAUGUAGAACAGUAUUGAGCUUGAAACACAUAAUUUUGCACUGUGAGAAAUAUAACAAUGAAAGAAACGCACUACAACAAUACUGUAGGACGCAUGCAAUGCAGCUUACUUUACCCUCCCUGUUAGGAGACGAUCACGAAGAUCUCCUGCAACUUCUUUUUUCAUUUCUCGUCACAACUAAUCUUAUCAAUCGUCUAUAAGGUAUUCGGUGUCUAGCGAUGUAUUUCUAUUCCCUCUUCCAGCAUAAAUAAUAUAGUAUACAUCAAACUUAUUUACAACACAAUGGUGCGCAAUGGUCCAAAAGGACCGAAGCACCAAACAAACAAAAGACAAAGACAAAG